AUGAGUGCUCCAUAUGUUCCUAUGUUUUCAUCUAGGCGAGUGAAAAGAGCUUAUUUGUUUUUGAUCCCAUUUGUUCUUAUAUUAAUAUUAAUUCAUUAUGGAUAUGACGGAUUUAAUAAAGUUUAUGAUUAUCAUACUCAAAAUGGAUCAUCUCUGAUAUUCAGUUUAACUAAUAAGAAUAAUGGAAUAGAUAGAAAUGCUAUAUCUAGUAUCUAUCCAGAUUAUACUAUAUUCCCAAAGAAUUUUAAAGAAAAACUUCCCGUAUCAACUACACAUCAUAAAAAUAUAAAAUUUAAUGGAUCCCCUGAUUCAGUAUUAACUCCAGAAAUAGCUAAUAUGAAUUAUACAAGUCAUUCAAUUUCUAUAUUUUCAUCAUUAAAUCCAGGUAAAUCAGAAUGUAAUUUGAUUAAUUAUCAUAGAGAUUUUGAAAUUUCCGAUUAUCUUGUAUUACCAGAUGAACUUAUUAAAUUAGCUAAAGUUUUAAAAUAUCAAUUAGAAAAUGAACCACAAUUUCAAGAACUUGGGAAAUUUUUUGAAGGUGAUCAAAUCGGAAGACUUUUAAAGAAAGGUCAAUCAAGACAACAUUUUUAUAAAUUUGCUGGUACUUCAGUAUGGUUAGAAAAACAUGGAGUUCAUUUAAUGAUUAGUAGAGUUAUAUUUUCUCAAACUGGUGAAAAAACUGAUCCACAAGUUUCUUUAUUAUAUGCACAAAUUUAUGACGAAAAUUGGAAAGAAUUAGUUGAUGUUGAAUUAGUUUUACCUAUUACUAAUGCAGAUAAUGAAAGAGUUUAUGAAAAAUCAAAAUUCCCUAGAUUUAUGCCAAUUCCAUUUUAUCAUAAUGCUGAUAAAACUAAAAAAAGAUGGUAUGGACCUGAAGAUACUAGAUUAUUAUUAGUUAAGAAUCAAUAUGGAGAAAAUGAACCAGUAAUUAUUUUUAAUUCAUAUCAUAGAAAAAUUUUAAAAGUUACUAAUGGUAAGGAUGGAGAUACUAAAGUUAGAACAACAUUUAGAUUUUAUCGAUCAAUGUUUAUCGGUUGGUUAUUUCAAUAUCAAUAUGGUAAAUUAAAUACAGAUGGAUUCCCGGAUUUAAAUCAUAAUGGUAUUUCAUAUACUAAAAUCAAAGAAUUACGAAUUGAAGGACAAGAUCGUCAAAGAGUUGAAAAAAAUUGGACACCAUUUGUUGAUCCAAGUGAACGAAAUGUUAAUUAUGGAGGUAGAGAUGAUUAUAUUUACCUUAUUUAUCAAUGGAAUAAUCUUAAGAUUUUAAAAUGUGAACUUGCUGAUUUCAUUGAUGAUUCUCAAUCAACAUGUAAAUUAGCACAUAUUGAUCUUAAAGAUAAUGAAGAAGAAGUUGGUCCAGUAAGAGGAGGAACUGAAUUAAUUCCAAUACAAACAAAUACUGAAAGAAAUUUAUGGAUUGGUUUUCUUAGAGCACAUAUUAAAAAAUGUGGAUGUGGAGGAUCAGUUUAUAGACCUAAUUUUCUUGUUUUAGAAAGAAUUGAUGAAGUUUUCAAACUUACUUAUCUUUCUGGUUCAAUUAAUUUUAAUAUUCCAGUUUAUGGAUUUAAAGAUUUUGAAACUGUUUGUGCUGGACGUGAAGCAAAUGCAUUAAUUCCAAAUGGUAUUUCCAUGUUUGAUGAAGCAAAUGAUUAUAUGACAUUAGCAUUGAGUGUGGCUGAUCAAGAUAAUACUAUAAUUCAUAUUCAAGGGGUAAGAAGUUUAGUUGAGCUGUUGGAACAUACAUGGGAAGGUAAAAGAAACAGUAAACAAUUGAGUAAACAAAUUGACUGUGUUGUUGAACAUGCCACUGAAGUAUGUAAACAAUAUGCUGAAGAACAUUUUAGAAUUGGUGAUUCAGAAGCUGCCAAAAAGAAAGCUGAAGAAGAACGAGUAGCUGCUGAGAAAGCUCAAAAGGAAAAGGAAGAGAAAGAGAAACUAGCUAAAGAAAAGGAAGAGAAAGAGAAACUAGCUAAGGAAAAGGAAGAGGCUGAAAAGCAAGGUGAAAAGAAUUAA